AUGGGGGCGAUGUCAGAUAACCUGACCCAAUCCAUCAGUAACGCCAUCAUGGCGUCUGGCCACAGCUCCGGGGACCACAGCUCCAAGGCCCAGGAUGAUGAGCCUGCCCCCCUUAGCAGUCGCAAGGCUACUGCAAAGAUCCAUCACAUGGGCAAACAAACCUCCAAAAUGUUUAUGACGGACAGGUUGCGUCCUGUCACUGAUGAGGACGUGGGGCCCCCACGUAAGAGAGCCUCCCACCGGGCAAAAGCGGUGCGGUCAUGGAAAUGGGCGAAAGCCGGGAAGGAAAUAUCCGAUUCUGAUUCGGACCAAGAGGAGGUAUUGAGUGAGUCUGAAGAUAUGGGCUCGCAAGACUCGGAGAAUUCUUCUCCGGAAAGUAAUUUCUCUGACAGGCCACCCACCAAGGGUCAUGACAAAGCAGAUGACUCAGUUAUCCUUGAUCCGCAAGGGGAACCCUUGUUUAACCGGACGAUCUGCAACAUCCUAGGUCGACUGAAUGGUUCCCGGCGGACCACCUGGCUCAGUAUAUAG